AUGAUGAAGAGAGGUGAAGAAGAAGAAGAAGCUUUGUCUCUCUCACAUUCUCCUUCUUCUCCUAUGCAAAACUCAUGGAAACAUGAUCACAAACUCUUCCAAGGAGAGUCGUCUUCAAGUUCGACUAGGUUCUGUCUCCCAUCCCCGUCUGAUUACUCGCUUUCAAGCUACUUCUCAAACGUAAUGUGUGAAGGUUCGUCUCAGUUCACUUCUCCUCCGUUUGAUGAGAAGAUGAUGGCGACAAGAAACAACUAUAACCAUGAUCUGAGUCUGAUCUGUGAAAGUCUCCUCCAUCGUUUGAACAUCAGACAAGAACAACAAGAGAAGAACCAUCACCAUCUGAGCAAUUACGAGUUAUUUUCUUGUAAUCUGAGUUACAAAUCUGUUCAUCGUGAAGGAACCUUCAACAACUACUCUGUUCCAUCAUACUCUCCUCGGAAAAGAAGCUUGUCUGAUCAUCAUCAUCGUCAAGGAAGUAGGGAUCAUCCGAGUCUUUGUGAUUUCCAGGGAUAUGUUUACUUGAUGGCCAAAGAUCAGCAUGGAUGCAGAUCUUUGCAGAGGAUUCUUGAAGAUGGAAAUUUUCUAGACACUAAGAUCAUUUUCAACGAGGUGAUUCCUCAUGUUGUUGAGCUUAUGAUAAAUCCUUUUGGGAAUUACUUGAUGCAGAAGUUAUUAGAUGUUUGUAAUGAAGAACAGAGAACAAUGAUCAUACUCAUUGCUACUUCAGAACCAGGACUGCUUGUCCGUAUAUCCCUCAACACUCACGGUACUCGAGUUGUCCAGAAAUUAGUGGAAUCAAUCAAAACCAAGAAGCAGAUCGUUCUAGUGAUGUCAGCUUUGAGACCUGGAUUUCUCAACCUGACUAAGGAUUUGAAUGGGAAUCAUGUGAUCCAACGUUGCUUGCAGUGCCUUGCUACACAAGAUAACGAGUUCAUAUUUGAAGAUGCUACUAGGUGCUGCAUCGAUAUCGCGACGCAUAAACAUGGAUGCUGUAUUCUACAAAAAUGCGUUGCUUAUUCCACUGGACAACAACGAGAGAAGCUCAUAACCGAAAUCUCUAGAAACAGUCUCUUCCUUGCUCAAGAUCCUUAUGGGAACUACGCAGUGCAAUUCAUUAUAGAAAUGAGGGAUUUUCAAGCGACUGCCAUGGUUCUUGCGCGGUUAAAAGGGCAUUAUGUAGAGCUCUCAACGCAGAAAUUUAGUAGUCAUUUGGUGGAAAGAUGCUUAACACAGUGUCCAGAGAGUCAUCCUCAGAUAGUGUUUGAACUCAUCUCUGUCCCUCGUUUUGAUCUUCUAGUUCAAGACCCUUAUGCAAAUUUCGUCAUCCAAGCUGCUCUUUCUGUCACCAAGGGUUCACUUCAUGACAUUCUCGUUGAAGUCAUUAGGCCUCACUCUAAUUUACGUAAAAAUCCUUAUGGCAAAUGGAUUUUCUCAAGAAAUCUCACGAGGAGAUGA